AUGUCAUCAGUAACCGAAACACAAGCUGCAACUUUAAACAAGUUUAUUAAAGGCUGGGCUGAAUGGACGCCAGAAUCAAUGCUCGAGACUUGGUCCCAGGACUGCACCCAGAAAAACCUGCCAUUCAGCUCCAAUGUGCCAAUCAAGUCCCGCGCAGACGCAGAGAAACUUUUCCCUAUCCUCAUGUCUUUCAUGACAGAUUUCGAGCUUAAGGUCCAUAAUAUUGUGCACGAUCCCGCCCAGCGCAAAGCUGCGAUUUAUGCCCUCACUACCGCAAACACUCCAGCGGGACCAUAUAGCAAUGAACAUGCCAUGUUUGUAUGGUUUGAUGAGAGUGGCGAGAAGAUUAACAAACUAGAGGAAAUGUUUGACUCGGUCGUCAUGAGGGACAUUCUGCCCAAACUUGAGCAAUACAAGGCCGAAAAGCAGGCGAAGGCAGCAUCACAUUAG